CGCCAGAAGCGUAUGCGGAGCGGUCCCUCUGACGCAGGCCUUGCAGAUCGUCGUCGCUUGGCGACGGUGGGGGCGGGGCUCGUGUGAGGAGGAGUCCGUCCCUGCGGGCAAGGCCGAGCAGCGGCGAGAGACGGGGCCGGGCCCCGCAGAGCGGGCGGACCUGGCCUCCAGAGGCUUGAGAAGCGAGCGCGAGUGGUUUUGAUCAUUUGUUGCGUUGCGAGAUGGAGGGACGAAGGCCGAUUCGAUAAAGUGUAUUCAACUCGCCGUCUGCCUGCCUGCCUGCCUAAGACCUGUUGGUCCUGAGCAGGAAGGGAGGAGAAGGAGGUCGGAGCCGCAGCAGCCAGCUGCUACAGAGAGCUGGGAGAGCAGCGAGACUUUUGUCGCAGCGUCGGGCGUUUGGGGCCUCAGUCCUUUCAAUAACCUCCUUCUGUCUCAACUGGGAGCUGGCUUCGGCUCUGCUGUGGCUCCUCUUGCGCUCUGGAGUCUGAGCUCCCCAUCUGUGCGUGAGUGAUUGAGUGAGUGGCUGCGUUCAUUCGUCUCACACAAUUGCGGAUGGCUGCGCUCGGCGGAGUUUGAAGUGCCAAUCCAGCCCAGCUCGCCGCUCGUCUAUCUCGUUCCUAGUACCAACUCCCUCUGCGUGUCGUGCCUUCUCCUUUCUUCAUCAGCUAGCGUUUCGAAUUUCCGUAGUGUCAGUUGUAUAAUGAUCCCCUCAAACACCGAUCCUCCUGGAUCUGCCGGUCUCCGUACAUGUCGAGCUCCGAAGCCAUCGUCCGAGACAAACCUUCCACCGCACAUUCUCUUCCGGCAGGCGCACACCGUGGUGAAGUCUUCGGGUCAUUACUAGUACUUCACUUCCGAGUUACAGUCCCGUCGCGGCGUCGUUUCUUCGGCGCGACUCCCUGCGAUCUCCGACCGUAACCCAAUUUCACAUAACUUCACCACCAUUUUCAUCAUGGAGACGGCUGUUCGUGCAGUGAACGUGCAAUGUAGCAUCUCCCGGAUGAGCAUCCGGGUUUGACCAGGAGUUGCGCAGCACCCAGCCCAAUCCCGUAGUCUUGAUGUUUACGUACAGUGUGGAUCCCGCUACCGAUCGCGUAUAUCUCAGCGCUUGUUUGGAUUCGACCAUUUCUCUUCUGCAGCAUUGCGCUUUGAUUGCAGCCCUGGGCUGCAUGCAACCGAGGUAGGACUUCCGUGGCAUGGUUCUGGUAGGUCAAGGUAUGGAACCCGAGGAAGCUUUCACCAAGGUUCAGGUUGUGUACUAUCUAAGCCGGGGAGGCCAGCUACAGCAGCCUCAUCUCAUCGAUGUUCCGGUCUCUACUCACAGUAAUGGGCUAUAUUUGAGAGAUGUGAAGAGGAGAUUGACCUCCAUUCGCGGAAAGGGAAUGGGAGAUUCAUUCUCCUGGUCGUGUAAGAGGAACUAUAAGAACAACUUCAUUUGGCAAGAUUUAGCCGAUGACGACAAGAUUCUUCCCCUCAGCGAUGGUGAACUUGUCCUCAAAGGGUCUGAGUUGUACACUGGUUUCCAAGAGAAAGCUGAAUUUAUGGAUGGGCAGUUUGAUCCGGAAAAUGCGUCACAGCUUCCCAACAAGAUCAAAAAACUUGCCAGCAAAAAGUUCGACUUCGAGGCUGUGAAACGAAGCUUAGAUAUGGAAUCGGAUAAACUUCAAGAGCAGAGCGACCUGGCUGCAGCAUUGUCUCUGAGUCUGCAGCUGAUGAGCGACCCUCAUAUGAAGAGAUUCAGCAAGGACAAAAGCAUGGAUCUCAACCAGCAAGUAAUGAACAGUCUUUCCCAGGCGAAAUCUAACGCCGCUGAGGAGUGUAUGCUCGACCACAGCGUCACCGACAUCUCCAGCGAAACGCUGCAUUCGGAAGAAUCGACCGUGCAGAAGUUCAGCUUCAAUGAGACUAUUCGAGAGCGCAGUAAGAGCACGGCUUCAGCAUCAUCGUCCGGCACCGAUCGUGAGCACAGCUAUGGUCCACCGAGGAAGACUGAAAGCAUGGGCAGAGAGCGCUCCCUUCCGAGGGAUUUGCCUCGAUCCAGAGAGGUAUCACGAGAGCUGCCGCCGCAGGUUCCCAGAGAAGCGCCCAGAGAAAAGUCUAGAGAAAUGUCCCGAGAGUUACCCAGAGAAGCACCGAGAGAGCUGCAACUGCCCCGAGAAGCGCCGAGGGAAUUGCCCCGAGAGGUGCCGAGAGAAACCUCGAGAGAAUUGCCCAGAGAAGCCCCGAGAGAGAUCAGCAGAGAAUUGCCCAGAGAAGGGCCGAGAGAAGUAGCCAGAGAACAGCCGCGAGAGGUGGUGGUGCCCCGGGAGGUUGUUCGAGAGGUGUCGAGAGAACUGCCCAGGGACGUCUCCAGGGAUUCAUCCAAGGCCGUGAAGGACACCGCCAAGACCCGACAGGAGAAGCCCGAAGAGCUGCCCACGAUAAAGACCAAAAAAUCCCCCACAUGCAGCGAAUCCGGCGACAGCACGCCCUUCAUGCUCUCUCCGCGCAGGCUCAUGGCAGCGCUGUCGAGCCCCAGCCCGGAGAAGAAAUUCGGAAAGCUCGUGCAUUCGUCGUCGACUCGAUCGUCCACGCCCAGCACGUCCGCCGCCAGCACGCAGUGCGAGGAUUCUCUGCCCAACAUCAACAUCCGCCUCGCGAAGCAAGCGACAUGCCUGUCCAAUUUCCGGCUCUGCGGCAACGCCAAUCCGCACGCCACGGACUCCCGGCCCGACAGCCCCGAGCACCCGCUCGCGGCCGCAGCGCAGCCGGCGUCCGGCGCCGUGCCGCAGUCGCCCAACACCCGAGGCCAUCAGGGAGGCCCGUACUGGCCUCGGUGGCGGUCGGGCCGAAAGCCGCGCACUUCCUCGGAGGGCAAGGAGGGGCCCGAGCCUCCCACGCCCCCGCGCGGGCCCAUGACCAAGCCUGUGACCGUGGCUAAGCCCGACCCGCCGCUCAAGAAGAGCUUCGAGUUCGACAUGAACGUGUCCGGCGUCAACAGCGCCAUGGCCACGCCGUUCCUGCAGACCGAGAACAACUCUCCGUCGUCGAGCGAGUCCAGCAGCGCCGCCGUGUCCUCGGGCAAGAAGCCGGCGUCGAUUUCGCUGUCGGGCACCUCCGAUGCGUCCGACGGUGGCAAUGGCGCCUCGUCCACGGCCAGCUCGUCCUCCGAAGUGCAGAACAAUGUGUCCGUGAAGGAGGUCAUCACGCAGCAAUUGCCGAGUCCGUCGUCGUCCGAGGGCAGGCCCAGCCUCAACAUCGACACGGCGAGUUUACCGAGGGUGUCCAUCAGUGAAGCGAUUUCAGAUGUGAGAGAGACCGUGAAGACCACGAGACCUGAUUCUCCAGAGAGCCCGAUGAAGCCGAACCCUCCGAGUAGUCCCGUUCGAACUCAGCUGUCGAGUUCGCCCAGCUUCAACAAACGCAUCGAAGACGCGAGGGCUCGCGCUCGGAGUUUGGUGAGCAAAGAGAUCAGGUCCGGAGAGUCCAGAUCUUCGAAGGACCUGCUGAAGGAGAAUGACCGUGUCAAGACAUCCUCGGGCUCAAUGCGUUCUGGCUCAACGCGGACACCAAAUAACAAGAACGGUACAACGGGGGCUGGAUCUAAAACUCUUUCAGGUACCUUCAACAGAAGUCCUCCCCGAAUCAAUUCAAUUAUGUGGGAAGAUGCUCCGCUUACGCCCACGAAAAAGGAGUUUGUCAACAGAGAUGAUAGGCCAUUGACAGCGGGAAGAACCAAUCUCGAUUGGGAGAAAACGUUGCAGGAAGCAGCAAGCCUCAGUCUUCCACCUCCAGACUUCGGGCAAAUUUUGCAAGAAUGCGGGCAGUGUGGAAGGACAUUCAAACCAGAUUCUUUGAAGGUGCACAUGCGAGGUUGCCAUGCACUACGACGAAGCAAGGACUUCCAGCCUUUCAACGGCACGUCUGUAGCCAUACGGACUCGACUGCAAUAAUAUUUGGAUGUUACAACAUUCCAGAGUAGGAACUCGAAUCGACUUAGGGGAGUUCUUAGAGAUGCUUUGAUCACUCACUCUGCAGCGAAGUUCACAAUAUCGAUUCUCAAUGUUCAAAAACCGCUUAUCCGUACACAAAAUUUUGAGGUUAUUCGACAGCUUGUAAAGUAGAACGAUAGGUUCAGAGGCUCCUUGGCAGAGCAAGUGCUCAAUCCAAAAAAUAUCCACAACUUUCGCUCUAGAGUGAACUGCAAACUGUACUCUGUAUUUUAUGUACAUAUUCAAACCAUUCCUCCGGUCUGAUUGCUCCAUCC